AUGUUCCGCGCAGCAGUACGGUCCACGCCUCGAGCGUUGCGACAGCCAUCCACCAUCACAUCCGCCGGCCGAAGAUUCACAAGCACAGCUCCUGCAGACAAGAGGUAUACAUGGAAGGGCACCGCGGCAAGAUGGGGCCUGGCACUAGGCGCCCUGUACUGGUACAACACAAGCCCUAUGUUCGCAGACGAGCUCCCCUCUCGCCUCGAGAAUGAGCCUCCUCAAUUCGCCGAGUCAGACCUCCAGACCGUGGACGCGAUCGUCGACGAGAAGCGAAAACAACUAGAUGCGAAACACAAGGCCAGGGAUGCGCAAGCGGCCAAGCAGGCCGUGGCAGCAAACAGCGCGACACCACAACAGACCCCACCCGCCGAGCAACCCGUCGUCGCCUCGCCCGAGGAUGCCGAGAAGUCACCAGAGCAGCUUGAGGAGGAGGCUGGCCAGCAGGGCGCAUUCAACCCGGAGACGGGCGAGAUCAACUUCGACUGCCCUUGCCUGGGCGGCAUGGCGCAUGGCCCCUGCGGAGAGGAGUUCAAGGCCGCCUUCAGCUGCUUCGUGUACUCGGAGGAGGAGCCAAAGGGCAUCGAGUGCAUUGAUAAGUUCCAGCACAUGCAAGACUGCUUCCGUAAGUACCCCGACGUCUACGGCGCCGAGAUAGCAGACGAGGAGGCCGCCGAGCGCGAGGCCGAGGAACUCUCCCUUGACACGCCCGAUCCCGUCCCAGCUGCGCCCAAGACGGAGCGCAACAUGGCGGCAACCCCGCGUCACACCGAGGAGAAGCCCGCCGCACCAGCGCCCAAGGCCGAGGCAUCUCCCCAUGACAUCCCCGAAGUCAAUCCUGCCGACGCGACCAAGAGCAGCCCAUCGCCUGUUGCCAAGGUCCUCGGCCAGGACAAGAAGGAGGACACAGAGGCCGCAGUGGGGCCUAUCAGCGAGGAGCGUGGUGUGCCGGAGAAGGCCUUCGACGCGACGGGGGCCAACAACACACAAUCAAAGUAA